AUAUAACUAGAGCGGCCCCGCUAUGGAGCUAGCUAGUCGUAGUACAACAUUUUCAACGAUCACACCACCUCUGCGUACACUCUACGUACCUCGGAGCAAUGACUACCGUGAUCGUGACGAAUCCCCAGGUCGGGCCAGACCCGAUGACGAUCACCUGCCCAUCGUGUCACGCAACGGUACGCACGAAGGUGAAGCAUCAAUCGACCACCUCCACCCAUGCCUGCGCCUUCCUGCUGUGGAUCUUUUGCUGGCCCUGCCUCUGCCUACCGUACUGCUGCAAUUCCUGCCGUAACGCCAAUCACUACUGUCCCAACUGCAAUACCUUCAUCGGUUCAUACAAACACUAGCGACUAAUUUGGUUGUUGCUGCGUACACCACCAAGCAGAAUACUUACCACACUGUCCAUUACUGGAGCCCAUCAAUCUCUAGCUAGUGGAAGCUUAUGUUAAUGUUUUGUUUUUGGGUAGAGCCAGUGUGUCAGAGUUUAGGAAAAUAAUGCAGGUAUUACUAACAACGACAACGAGGGAAAUGAUUAGCAAUUCCUUAACAAUAAAUUUAAAUUAUUUAUAAAGAUGA